UCCUGGAGCUGAAAACAGAAUCGCUCGCGCUACGACUGGGAGGAGAUGCUAUACACGUUUACUACUGUCGUCUGAGCUACUUGCCAAAGGUAAAAACUCAUGCAUGUCUUUUAUUUCUCAAACAAAGAUUAUGAUGUUUGUAAGUUAUUUGUGUGCUUUCUAGCAUUCCAUAUUAAGAUUUUCUCUCUCCUCAUCUCAUCUUACUCAAGUUCUCAUCUCUUAUCAGAUCUCGGCAAUCGCUUGGAAUUGAUUUGAAUAACUGAUAGCUGUGUGCAUGUUGUUGUGAUGCAUGCCAAAUAGUCUAAUGCGUUUUUUCAUUGGGCAACAUUGAGAUGUGAAUUAAUUAUUAAUCUAUCCUUCGGAAAUGUGUUUAAUCGAGAUGGUUUGGAGAAAGGCAGCCACAAGCGAAAGGUUGCCCUGACAACGGGCAGUGACUCAUCCUGUGAUGUAGUCUAGUCAUUUAAAAACAGUGAUUCACAAAUAUAGCCCACUUCUCCUUGGUGGGUGAUUAUACCCUGCUCUCGCUAUAGCCUACUUUUGAUAAUUAGUGCAUUGAAUGAGUGCAUGAUGCGUGCGUGAAAACAGUUUUGUGUUAUAUAGCAUUCAUCACUUACAAGGGUAAUCAAUGAACUCGGCAUGAAUUGAAACCCUGAUUCUGGCCAAAUAUUGUGGACUUUGCAUUAAAAUAAUAAUUUGCAUUGGAGUGUGGUGGUAACAUCCUUAAAGAGUUAGAAGAUUCUAAGAAUGUCGAAGAUAGAAUCUCAGAUAAAAUGUUAAAAAUGUGCAGGUAUAUUAUUGUGUUAAACUCAGCUCUCUCUCUCGCUCUCUCUCUCUUGGCGAUAUGAAGAUGCUGUCACUCCCCAAGCUAUCCACGGGGAAAACUGUUGUUCUCGCCUGCCUCCUCCAUGCGUGUGCAUCCCUCCCCCGCCACCACAGGCUCAGAGGCGGGGAGUCCGAGGACCGACAACCCGCUGCCUACCCGCCCAGCUCCGACAUGAUCAAAGCCCUGGAGUACAUCGAGAGCCUGAAGCAGCGGACAGACGGGGGCCGAGAGCGAGAGGAGCCAACAAGAGACUAUGAUGAGGUCGAGAAGUUCCGCAUCCUCCUCCAGCUCGCCUCUCUCCAGGAUGAAGGCGCACCCGAAAGGCAGUCUCCCUCGCCGGCCCAGAGGCAGCAAGACAUCCCGGCUGAGCAGCUGGUGAGAGCCUUGCUCAGGACCCUCCAGGAGCAGCCCGCUAGUCCCCCCAGACCCGUUCCUGUGGUGCCGGGGAACGAGCGCCGCACGCACAGGUACCAAUCGGUGAACACAGGCAACCCCGUAAAUGCGCCUGUCUACGGUGGCUUCCCGAGGCCACACAAGAAGUACCCGCUGAUGUUCGAGGACGAGGAGAAUAGAGAUAGCGCCAAGCGCGCCACGGAGGACCUGGACCAACAAUACACCCCUCAGAGCCUCGCCAACCUGCGCUCCAUCUUCGAAGAACUGGGGAAACUAUCCACAUCCAACGGCCAGAAGCGCGGAAUCUUUGACGAUGAUGAUGACGACGAUUUAUUCAGUCUGAGGAACCUGGCCUACGAGGACGUGGCGGGCGGGGAGGAGUUGAUUCCCUUAGAGGAGCAGGUCGAGACGGAGGAGGUGGUGAACGGGAGCCACGAGGAGUUCGACAGGGCUCUGGAGCAGAACUAUGACGAGGAUGAAGAGGAGGAGGAGGGCAACGGAAUGCAGGUGCAACGCAGAGCCAGCCAGGACAAAGAGGACCCAGAGGAUGAUACUAAACUAGUGGAUUAUUACCUGUUGAAGAUCCUGGAGAUGAGUGAACAUGAGACAGCCAAGAGGCAAGCUGGAGAGCAAAACAAGAGAGUGAUCCGCCACCCCCUGGUGGACCCCCGGGCCCUGAACGAGCUGUUAGAGAUCUCCCUCAAGCUCCACAUCCCCCCGGAGGACCUUAUUGAUAUGCUGAUCACCGAGGAGAUCAGAAAACUAGACCGUCACCCUCAAGUCUCUUCCCGCUACAGGACCAAACCGAAGAUCAGAUACUACAGCCGGAGACUGCCAGUCAAAAACGCUCCUGAAGACAUGGACGAGGAAGACUUCCUGAAAAUAAUCGAAAUGGAAACCAUCAGCAACGACUAUCCUGUGAGUCGGAGGCCGCUCAAAAGUGUCUCUGUCCCGGCCAGGGUUUCAGCACCACCCGCCCCGGCGAGAGUUUCAGCACCAGCACCAGUGGCUCCUCCAGCGGCUCCUGCAAAAAUCCCAGCUCCGUCCGGCCGAAGGGAAAACUUAUUUAUGUCGGAGCUCAACAAGAUGCCCUUUAGGAGAGAAGCCGACAACGAUGAUGAGGCGGAUGAAGACGAGAUAACAACAUUUCUGGCGGCCAAAAUAUUAACGGAGUACCCUAGCACCAUCAGCAAACGCGACACCCAAUCUCAGGCAAACGGACAGUUUCCUUAUGAGUUAUACGAACAAGCCAUGAAAGAUUACUUUGACCAAGCGGACAGUGAGAAAGCAGGCACGCAAACAAAUAGAGAUUCAGAAGCUAAUGAGGAGGUAGUGGAGUCCACGGAGACGCAGGUGAAAGAUGAGGUAACGCCAGAGACGGCGGCUCCAGAGACGGAGAAAGAGGAAAAGGAACAUCGCGGAAAACCGUUUGCUGGAAUGUAAGCUACGCUCUGAAGACGCGCGCGGCAUCCUCUAAUGAAAUAUUAAUAAGUCAUGUUUAUACUAUAUCAAAAUUACCAGUCUGCUGGACGUACUCUGGUUUACAUAAAAUGUUUAUAUACAUGAAGUAACAUAUAUGAAUUAUAUCAGUGUGCUGGGGAUGGAGGCAACGUGUGUUGUGUAAACAUCUGGGUUUGUGAGUUCCCAAUCUUGUAACAUUGUGAAAAUGUCAUUCCCUGAUAUAGGCUAGAGUAAGACCCUCACCAUCCUGCCUUCCAACCCUGUAACGCUGCAAGCUCUGUAAUCGUUGGACUCUCUCUAUUGUUGUGGUAUAUAUGCUCAUUUUUAAACCAUUUUGUACGUGUUCAAUAAUAUGUGACGAGUUGGAGAUGAAUAAAGCAUUAGAAGUAUUA